AACAAGAUUGAAAUAAUAUAUGGUUCAUAUCUUAAUGAAAUGGUUAACAAAGUAUCAAAGUCCGAUCUAUGUUGAUCAAAUCUCUUCACCAGCUAUUUGUGAACCUUGUUUCCGCGUCAGGCUUUUGCUAGCCUCGAGUACAUGGUAAAGUCAGGAGAAACAAAAAGACAAAAAAUAUUUACCUCUUUAAAAUCAAGGAAACUAGCAUCCACACCACACCCACAGUCAAAAUAUUCCAUUGCAUCGACAGUGUUGUGCCCUGCAGAAAAAGUAUGGCAGAAGAAGUGGAUAACCAACAAAUAAUAUUUAGAGGGUACAUAGAGGGAAAUCCAAGAGAAACAGACAUGGAAUUUAAGGUUGGGAAGAAGAUGAAAAUGGAAGCUCCUAAAGGGUCUGGUGCAAUGCUGGUUAAGAAUCUCUAUCUGUCUUGUGAUCCUUAUAUGCGUGGAAGAAUGAGGAAUUUUCAUGGAUCUUAUAUCCCACCUUUUGUCCCUGGUUCUGUGAUCGAAGGAUUUGGGGUGUCCAAAGUUUUGGAUUCUGAUAACCCAAAAUUCAAGCAGGGCGAUAUAAUCUCAGGACUUACGGGCUGGGAAGAAUAUAGUUUGAUUUGUAAAACUGACCAAUUGAGAAAAGUUGUGGCAGAUGAUCUCCCACUCUCAUAUCAUAUUGGCCUCCUUGGCAUGCCAGGCUUUACAGCUUAUGUAGGAUUCUAUGAGAUAUGCAAACCUAAGAAAGGGGACUAUGUGUUUGUGUCUGCUGCCUCUGGUGCAGUUGGUCAGCUUGUAGGCCAACUUGCUAAAUUACAUGGAUGCUAUGUUGUUGGAAGUGCUGGAACAAAUCAAAAAGUUGAAUUGCUGAAGAAAAAACUUGGACUUGACGAAGCUUUUAACUAUAAAGAAGAAGCAGACUUCGACGCAGCUCUCAAAAGAUACUUUACAAAUGGCAUCGACAUAUACUUCGAUAAUGUCGGUGGAUCCAUGCUCGAUGCGGUACUCCUCAACAUGAGAGAUCAUGGCAGAAUUGCUGUUUGUGGGAUGGUUUCUCAACAGAAACUAUCUCAAACACAAGGGAUUUACAAUUUGUUCAAUCUUGUAAUAAAGAGAAUAACAAUGCAGGGGUUUUUGCAGAGUGAUUACUUACACUUAUUUCCACAGUUUUUGGAAAAUGUUGUGAGAUUUUAUAAGCAAGGGAAGAUAGUAUACUUAGAGGAUGUGAAUGAAGGAUUGGAAAGUGGUCCUGUUUCUCUUGCUGGACUGUUUUCAGGGAAAAAUGUAGGUAAGCAGGUGAUUUGUGUAGCCAGAGAAUAAUAUCUGUUUCGAUUAUCUAUUAAAAACUGAACGGAAUGGCAAAAAAAGAUUCAGGUGGCUGAUGCUUGAACGGUCCUUAUGGUGCUCUCCUCGGAGGUGUCUGCUAUAAAUAUGACAAUCUUUGGUGUACUCGAAUAUGUGUAUCUCUCUUCUUUAAUCAUGUUAAGUCAUGUCCAAUUCAAUUCAA